CAGGUUACUGGAGGGCGGAGGAAUAAUAACCUACUCUCUACUGUCUGCCCCAAACUCUCCAGCGGGACAGAAAGCCUGAAGCCCACAUUCACAGCCUGUUACUGCCAGAGGACACAUCUCUCCGUUUUCACUCUCGUUACUACAAACAAUGUGAGGAACAUGGCUGACAGAAGGUCUGACUGGGUGGAGAUCGUGGAGCCGCGCUCGAGGGAGCGCAUGUAUGUUAACCUGCUGACCGGUGAGUGUGGUUGGGAACCACCGCCUGGCGCCCCUGUCCGUCAGUCAGACGGCAACCAGUGGUGGGAGCUUUUCGAUAGCAACAACAAUCGGUUUUACUACUACAACUGUACGAGCCAGCAGACGGUCUGGCACAGGCCUCAAGACAGCGACAUAGUGCCUCUAGCGCAACUCCAAGCCAUGAAAAGGAGCUCUGAAGCUGAUCUCAAGGCUCAAGGGAGGAUCCAGAGAGGACCAGUGGAUGGCAAGCGAACCCCCCUGCCUGGACUGGAUCCAUCAACACUGGAGCAGGAGAGUGGGAGGGAGAUACCAUCGUCUAAUUCCAAAGAGGACAGUCUGGAGAAAAGGGGCCAAGGAAAUAGGGAUGCUGCUCAAAGAUGGCAGCCUGCUCCUGGGUCCAAGGCUGCCAUGUUGGUGAAAGUUAACAGCUUUGGAAGAAAUCAGUCUCUGGGUCCAGCUUCUGCCCUCCACCUACUUCACCUCAACCCCACCAACAACGGCACUUCAUUCAAACCAGGUUACACGGGACAACUCAAUAAAAUGGCAGCUCCAGGAGACUCCAAGCAAGGUUACCACCUUAAAAAGGGGGAUGCCAACUUCUGUCUGCUUUUACCCUCUUCUAUCUCUUCCUCUGGCCACCAGCGCUCUGGUGCAGGUACACCUCGCCCCUCUUCCCCUCAGUAUGGGGCUACACCCUCAGCACCCAUCUAUGAUGAACCUCCAGCACUGGAUGCCCCCAUUUAUGAUGAACCUCCAGUGGAAAUGGAAGUAGAAGGGGCACACCACUUACAUCGAGGUCCCUACUCCACCAGCCUACCAAGGGGAACCCAGCCUCCUAAACUACUUCAGUUCCCUCAUAACAAACACAUCUGCAGCUCCUCAGCUAGUGAGUACAGUCCGGCUGGUCGGGAGUGCAUCAAACAUAUGGUAAAUGUGGAUGCAACAGCAUCCAAGCACCAGCCCCAGAUAUCUAAUGCCAUUGAGGGUACUUCAAGUUCAACCAGCCCUCAAAUUCAACCUCAGUCUCCAGUCUCUGCACAGAUUAAGAAAGAAGUGUCUUUGGAGAAGAAGCAAUCAUGGAGGCUGUUGGAGCCUCGCCACAGCCGUCAAAGCAGCCUCGCUUCUCAGGAGUACCCAGGCCCUGCUGCCGUCACGUAUCAGGACUCAGGAUAUUCCACCGGGCCAUCUCCAAGUCUCCGGAGGAAGAACCGACGUCGUGCUGCUCUAGGCACUGGAUCGGGUCGGCCCGGAUCUGUGGGCAGCAGUGGGGAAUUGAGUGCAUUGAAUGAGAAGCUGAUGGCAGAAAUGAGGGCAGUGGUGAACCGUUCCAAUGCACAUCAUGGAAGCAAGGCCAGUCUGGACACUGAGAUGGGCUCGGAAGCCUCUGGAAGUACUGCACGCUCGCCUGUCAGUUCAUUAAAAAUGGGUGCAAGAGGGGGUGGAUCAAGGGAGGACGUGACAUCAAGCAACCGAUCACUGUGUAGGGCCGGGGCGAGCAACCACGGUGAUGUGAUGCUGUCACCAUUGGUGACAGAGGGGCUUGGAAGCCGACAAAAGAGGACUUAUGAGAAAGUGGAUUCGCUUGAGAAAAGUGGAACAUCACAGACCAGCUUGUCUUCUCCAGAACCACCCAGGUCUUCUUCACAGACAGGAACACUGGAAUCCAAAAUUCAGCAGGACUCAACAACCCGGGACUGUGACCAUGAGCGAGCGGGGCGAGGGAAUGCCCACAUCACUCGUAAAAACAACAACAACAGCCCCCCUCCAUCCAACACCAGCACGGGUUACCAGUACCCGUACUCCACCCUCUGCAAGCCUACACCAGAUACCAACAUGGAAGACUGGGCAAGCAAGAACCUUAACCAGCACACACAAGGCCUUUUUCGUAGACGCGUCUCCAUCGCUAACAUGCUGUCAUGGAACCGUGGCUCCAUUAAGAAACCCAUGCUGAUCACUAAUGAUCGGGCUAUCAAGAAAGAAGCCUGCGAGAUGUUCAAACUGGUCCAGGCCUACAUGGGCGACAGGCCAGUUAGGUUGGACAAACACCAUGCGGCCCUUCAGGUGGUGACAAAGUGCUGGGGGAUGCAAGGUUUGAGGGAUGAACUCUACGUUCAGUUGGUGCGACAGACCACCGAUAACUUGUGUUUGAGAAGCUUGGAGUCCGGUUGGGAGUUGAUGGCCAUCAGCCUAGCUUUCUUCUCACCUUCACCCAAAUUUAGGCACUAUUUGGAAGGCUACAUCCAACGACACCUCGAGCCCAGCAAUGACAAGAAAAUACUCCAGAACAUCAUGGAGCAGCAAGACAUCAAAAACAAGAAGAACUCAAAGUCCAGGAAGAAGAGGAGACAGAACAAUGACGAAGGAGAGGAUGAGGGUCUUCCCAUCAGCACUUACGCCAAGUACUGCUACCGUAAGCUGCAGAAAGUGGCCAUUACUGGAGGCAAGAAGGGUUUGAGGAAGCCCACACUGGAGGAGAUUGAUCACAGUCGAAAUGCCAUCGUGACGCCAUCUCUGUUUGGCAGUGCUCUGGAGCAGAUCAUGGAGAGGCAGAGUGAGCUCUUCCCUGACAGGAAACUGCCUUGGGUGCAGGUGCAGCUCUCCCAGUGUGUCCUGGCUCUGGGUGGAGCUCAGACGGAGGGCAUCUUCAGAGUACCAGGGGAUAUCGAUGAAGUGAACGCUCUCAAGCUGCAGGUGGACCAGUGGAAAAUUCCAGAAAACCUCUCUGAUCCUAAUGUCCCAGCGUCUCUUUUAAAGUUGUGGUACAGAGAGCUGGAGGAGCCGGUGAUUCCACAGAGCUUCUAUAAGCAGUGCAUCAGUCAUUAUGAAGAUCCAGACGCAGCUGUCAAUGUGGUUCAAUCUCUGCCAGAGCUCAACAGACUGGUGCUCUGCUACUUAAUCAACUUCUUACAGGUCUUCGCUCAGCCGGUGAAUGUGAGUAGGACUAAGAUGGACGUGAACAAUUUGGCAAUGGUGAUGGCUCCAAACUGCCUGCGCUGUCAGUCUGACGAUCCCCGAAUCAUCUUUGAAAACACACGCAAAGAGAUGUCCUUCCUCCGCAUACUCAUCGUCCACUUAGACACCAGCUUUAUCAAGGGCUUAAUCUGAGAGUUUGCUCGUUUGUGGAGAAUCAUCCAGGAGAUGAUGGGAAUCGAGACGAACGAUUCUCAUUUUCAAGUUCAGCCAACGUUUUAGACUCACGUCGUGACUCACACAGACAUUAUUUGAGCUGAAUCAUUUGACUCAUUUGAUUGCUCAACAAAACAAAUGCAUGAGCUUUGUCUAUUCGGGUUUGCCAUUUCUUCUGGAUCAAAUCAGCAGGGAAAUACCUUCUUCUGACAAUCAUAAUUGUAAUAACACUCCUGCAAUAGGACUUGCAGAGUAUUUCCUUAAUUUAAUAUGGUAUGAGUGUUCGGACUAUUUAAUAACAGCUGUUUGUAAGCUCAAGUAUGAGUGCAGAGAGAAUUGCUGGCUCCAGUUUUGUGCACAAGGCUGAAGUGAAUUAAUAUUGCAGAGCUCACAUUAUCAAGCAUGAACGGUGAACGCUUGAGGUCUGGUGCCUUAAAUGGAGAAUGUUUGCCUGUGUAGACGAUUCAUAAGUGCCCAUGUACAUAAACACGUCCUCCGUGUCCCAGGCUCCAAACAAACCACAAGCAGUUUUCAAUCUGUCCCAGGGUGGCUUUCCCAGUCGCUCUUUCGUGAGGUAGAAAAUCGUCUUUCCUAAUGUGGGUUGGCUCUAUCGCUGAUGAUUAAGCACUAAACUAUUGCAAACAGAACCAGACUGGAAGAUCUGCUACAUGUUCCCUCCAUCGUAAAAUAUCUGCUGCUCUGACAAAUGAUUCAACAACUACAGCGUAGCCAAGAAUGUCAUGUUCAGAUAUGCCUAGGUCUAAUAAACCAUUUCAGAAGCAAUACAGACCUGAAAUACUGUAUAUGCAGUAUGCUACAUACUAUAUGCAAUCUUAAAAACAUAAAUAUUUUGCCAACUCGUCCAUGCGGUCUGGUCUUACAUGCAGUACUUAAAGCUAAUGUCAAGCCUUUAACACCUAAUUACUAAUAAUAGUUUCAAAAGGUUUUCUGUAAACAAUUCCUGUCUGCCAUUGGUUAAACAAUCAGAUAGCCCUGCCCCAAAAAUAAAAUAACAGUCUAAACACUCAAACUAAAUGUUUACAUGUUAGGGCAAUUGAUCAAAUAAUCCAGUUUUUUGCUAGAUUAUGUUGAUAAUGUGAUGUGGAUGGUUAAAAAGGGGAUGGGGUCACGGUAUCACCCAAACUCUCACACACCCAGUAGCAAGCACACAAUCAUAACACCACAAGAUAAUUGAACAGGAAUGAAAAUAAUGCUGCAAAGGAUGAAAGUCUAACAACAUGCCAGUUGUUCAGCUGACAAGUUUUUUUUUUUCUGAGAGGACUAAAUAAUCAGCAGAUAAAAACUUUAAAUAAUCGUGAAAACAUUUACAAUCUAGGACAUUAAUUCCGUGCCAAAAUGACUGUAAGUCUGUCCCGCACUGCUAUAUUUUAAAUUCAGUAUAGUGUUUACAUCACAGGUGUCAAACUGAAGAGCCACAGUUCUGCACAGUUUAGCUUUAACCCUAAAUUAACACACCUGACCAAUCUAAUUGAGUCCUUCAGGCUUGUUUGAAACCUACAGUUAAGUAUGUUGGAGUUAAGACCCGUGCACACAGAGAUGUUUUUUGCUUGCGUUGUCCGUCAAUGUUUAAUGCCUCAUGACUAAAUAAAGUGCGCCAAUGAGAUUUUGCACACCAAUGUGCAAAACAACAGACGUAAAAGCAUCAUUAAAAAAAAAAA